AUUGCUGAUGAGGGCCUGCAGCUUCAACAGAUCCAUCCCAUAAUAGGAACCUUCCAGAAGCUCGAGGAUGGUGGCCAGCUAGAACGGAUCAAACGGACCAACUUGAGGAUGAUGACCCUUGACCACCUCACCUUCUUGCCUGGGGUCGACCGCUGACGGAGGAGCGACGCAGGCGCACUUACACUCCGGACCGGACGCGAUGGUCUCCAGCGUGUACGUGUCCUGCGGGCCCGCGUUGCCCUCUUCUAUCCGUGGGCAGGCGCUCCUGCUCAGGGGUCUGACAACACAUUUACAGCCACAGUCAGAGCCUUCCGAGACGGCUUUCACUUUGUCAUAAUCACCCAGCAGCUACGAAGACAAAAAGGACGGUCCUGCCGUGAAGCAGCAAAAGCUGUCAACAUCAAGAUGGGUCACCCGGGAGAAAACAGCCUUCCUGCUCUGUCCUCUCCUCUGCGGCCACAGGGAGGAUGAGGUGAGAAAUCCGGCUCCAAAGUCCACCGUACUUGUCCAGGUCCAUCCUGUCGAAGGCCACGGAGAGGUCAUGGGAGAUGAACUUCCUCUGAAGGUGGUCGUCCACCAUCUCCUCCACGUUGCUCAGAGAAGCCUUGAUGGGAAUCUCAUCCUCCAGCAGGACGGUGAAGAUGAGAAACGUCUUCUUGUACGCCGCAUUCUCAUGGUCGCAGUAGCGAUAGAAAAUGAGCGUGGAGCCCGGCGGCAGCUGCUCGAAGCGGUGGAUCACCGCUACGGGUUUGUCUCCCUCGAAAGCUCCCUGAAGCUGCUGGUCGAUGUCCAGCUUCACCUUGUCGCUAUCCUCUCCGACGUUGGCGCCGUCUAUGUGGAGGACGGUGGCGUUGAUGGCGGUGGAUACGGCGGAGGCCAGGUCGCGGGCCAGGCAGCGCAGCGUCCUUUGGCCUGAGACGCCCGCCGUCAGGAUCAGGCUGACCGGCUCGCUGGGCUGAGGCGUCAGGAUGUGCCUCUUCAGGUGGAUCCUGCUGCGGCUCCACAGCUCUGGACGCUGGCGAGGAAAGAGAGUCUUGACUUUGUCCAAUUCCCUGAGAAAGAUGUCGAUCUGCGAAACGCUGCCCGGGGGCGGAGGCUCAGGCUGGAGGAGAUGCUGUGCCAGGAUGGCGAGGAGUACAACCAUGACAAAAGCUAUCAGAGUCCUUUAGCAAGAAGAGUCGACUGGAGGCGGAAAAAACUUUGGGUGACAGUGGUGAUGAGAUUGAUGUCCAGAUACCAGAUUUUGACAUGAACGAAAACAAGGAAAUAGAUGUGGAGGAAGAUUCCAAUCAUCCUCAUCAGCAAGAGCAUAUUUCCCAUCAUCGUAAUCAGCCAAAAGUUCAUGGCAGACUUGACAAAAUGUCCCCAUACGUAUUCCUUGGUGACCGCUGUCAUUUGCCUGCAAAUACAGAUAAAGACUUGAUAAAACCCAAAGAAGUAAAGUCCUCAACAACAGCACCUGCAACGCCCAUAAAGCCAUUGGACAACGACGGAGAUGUCCGCAAGAGCACCACAAUGGCCGAGUACAGGAAGGGGAUGGAAGCUAAAGCUGUCAACGACCGGAACGUCCUGAGUGGCUAUAAUCUCUCUGGGAAUGCUUAUACAGUGCGACAGAGAGCCACUAACAUUCCCUCUCAGAAAGAAACUGUCAAGCAACACAAGAAACAAGAAGUUAAAAAGACAAGAGCUGUUGCUAGGAAGCCCUCUGCUGAAGAUUCAUCGAAAGGCUUCCUUCAGUACUUUUGCUGGUCAGUUGUCCUGCUAGUGCUGCUCAGCUCGGCUGCACUGCUUCUUUACAAGUACAAGAUGAGGUCACAGAGCAGUGCGGGGCGUCCAUCCAGGUCAGUGAGCCUGGAAACAUUUGCAGAACACCUGUCCCGCCUGGAGGCCCGCUUCCAUAAUCAGAGGCCCGAGCUGUGGACCAGGAGCAGGAUCCACUUGGAGAAACACCUCCGAACGGCACAGCCCACAGAGCCCGUGAGUCUGAUUCUGACGUCCGGGCGCGGGGCUGAAAAGACACUGUCCUGCUUGGCUAAGGGUCUGGCUUCAGCCUUCUCCUCAGCCGUCCAGGGUUCCGUGCUCCACAUAGAUGGAGCAAGCAAAGCUGGCCUGGAGAGCGACGCGGUGAAGCUAGACAUCGACAGGCAGCUGCAGGCAGCUUUUGGAGGAAGCCAACCGGUUGCCCUCAUGCAACGCCUGGAGGAGCUGCCACCGGGUUCCACGCUCAUUUUUUACCGCUACUGCGACCACGAAACCGCCGCGUUCAAGGAGGUCUUCCUGUUAUUUACCAUCCUGCUGCCUCAGGAUGAGGUCGGGGGGGGGCUUGAAAUUGUCGAGGAGUCGGUGCAAGAUUAUCUUAAAGACAGGCUGGUGGGCUCCGGCGACCACGCGUCCUUCAAUGACAUGGACGCAGAUAAGUACGGCGGACUGUGGAGCCGCAUCUCCCAUGUGGUCUUGCCUGUGGCGGCCGAGAGGGAUGUCGAGCAAAACGGAUGCUGAGGAGCUAAGCUGGCGUUUCCACAAAAGAAACGACCAGUUCUGCUGCACUGUGAAUUUAUUGCACUGAGGUAAUGUCACCAAAAUGAAAGCAAACAUUGAAAAGGUCAAAGAUUAGAAGCUGAUUACAGGUGACACUUGCUUACACUCAGGUGUAGAGUCAUUCUUAAAUAUCACAAGGACAAGCCAUUGCUUGAACCCAUUCAUACAUUUGAUUUCUUACUUUUGUGUGCUCUUCUAUGCAAUCCUCAGAUGUUUGAUAGAUCAAGGUUUUUAAGAUGUGUGUGCAGUUGCUACUAAAACAACAGCUUGUCUACAGAAUUAGAUUUUACUGAUAAUUUUGUCAAGAUCUUUAUUAUUGUAAUAGCCUCACCAGCAGAAUUAUUUUUAAAUAUUUUGAUCUCACUGGUUAUUAGUGUUUCCCAAACUUUCAUUUAUUUUUGGCAUCCCGCUAUAUAUUGACAAAGUGUUACGAAAGUGGAUAGUGAAAAAUCAGUGAUUUUUUUGGGGGGGGAAUGGGGGAGACGCUUUCAAAGACUUAACAUGAACGUAUCGCUCGUCUUAACGAGCAGCGGUUGCCUUAUCCCCCAUCACUCACAGACAGCUCCGUCUUGCUCGUGACAUGAGAAAAAGACAAAGAAGCGACAGAAGAAAGUUAAUUUGUACAGUAUUUCUAAACAUAUUUGUUUUGCCGUCUCUCCCACAGCAUUCAUAGUAUACAUACAUGCACAUGUGUCAUGGCCAAUUAUACAAAUAAGAUACACAAAUUCCAUGUAGCUCCCAUCAUCCUGGGGAAAACACAGAAUUUUGCAAUUUAACUGCAAUCUGCCAUUGAGACUCACAAGAUUAAAAAAUUAUUACUGAAUUAUUAAUUUGACUUUCUCUCGUGAUGACACCCAUGCUCCUGUUUUUUGAUAUUUAAUUUCCCCACAGGUAACAAUUGAUAUAUUGAAUAAAAGAUUAUUUUGGUA